AUGUCUGUCUGUGUCGGGCAGCAAAGUGUUGAAGGUCGUCGAAUCCCAUUCGGGUUCCGUCAUCGUACUCUUCCCCAUUUCACCAAGGACGACUUCAGCCUGGAGGCAUGUGGCUUCGUCAAGAACUCAUAUCUACGAGGGUUGACGCCGCAGGAGUUUUUCUUCCAUGCCAUGGCUGGAAGAGAAGGUCUUAUUGAUAUGGCCGUCAAGAAGGCAGAGACUGGUCGUCUCGUCAAGGCAUUGGAGGACGUGAUGGUACACUAUGAUGGCACUGUUCGCAACUCGCUUGGAGACCUCAUCCAGUUCGUGUAUGGUGAAGACGGUAUGGACGGUGCGUUCAUCGAACGUCAGAAGAUUGAGACGUUUGGCCUUGACAAUGAAGCCUUUGAGCACAACUAUCGCGUUGAUGUCACGGAUGGCAAGAAUGGAUUCUUGCCUAAUACCCUCCAGAUUGGCGUUGAUGAUAGCUCUCUGGAGCUGCAGAUGAAGUUGGACGAAGAAUACAACGAGCUUUUGAACGACCGCCGUCUUCUACGACAAUUCAUAUUUCCCCAGGCAGACGGCCUUAAUCCUCACUAUUAUACACUUGUACAAAACUCACUCUACGCUCAAGCCACACGUUCUGUCUCGAUUCCUGCUCAAAUGAUAGGUAAGUUCUCAUCAAAUUCGAGAUGUACUCGCACUCACCAUGGUCUACAGUCACUCGAGGCUCGAGCAACGCGCUCUGUUUCGAUUCCUUCAAAAACGGCCCCCCGCCCUCUUCAAGAACUUGAAGCACAAUAA